AGUUGGUCUGGUUCGAAGGAUAUUUAUGUGGCUUUUUAGCUGGACGUCUUUCUCUCAUAUCCUUGAAAGCUUGUGCACUUCGUCGCUGUAUUGCAAAUGGAUCCCAAAGGGCCAUCAGAGGGUGGGCGUGAUAGCAUCUGGACCGUUGAUGUGGAGCAGAACAAAGUGAGGUUGAUGAGAAUCUUUGUUGAGAGAGAGGAUCCUACUUCAAAGGAAGCGGAUGAUCUGAUGCUGAGAAGAUUCUUGCGAGCACGCGAUCUGGACGUCGAGAAGGCCUCUGCCCUGUUCCUCAGGUACCUCAAGUGGAGGCGAGCCGCCAUCCCCAAUGGUCUGAUUUCUGAAUCAGAAGUCCAAAAUCAGCUUGCCGAGAAGAAGAUGUUCAUGCAAGGAUUCGAUAAGAAAGGGCGUCGAAUCGGUUUGGUGUUUGGUGGCAAACAUCAAUCCUACAAAAGAGAUUUCGAAGAGUUCAAACGUUUUGUAAUAUACACUCUGGAGAAGUUAUGCGGCAGUAUGCAAAACGGGGAGGAAAAGUUCAUAGCAAUCGGUGAUCUCGAAGGAUGGGGUUACUCGAACUGCGACAUUCGUGCGUACAUAGCAGCUCUGGACAUCAUGCAGAACUACUACCCGGAGCGGCUGGCAAAGGUGUUUUUGGUCCACGUGCCGUACAUAUUCUGGACGGCGUGGAAGAUUGUCUAUCCGUUCAUCGAUGAUAACACGAAAAAGAAGUUCGUAUUUGUGGAAAACAAGAACUUGAAGUCAACACUGUUGGAAGAUAUUGACGAGAGCGAGCUCCCAGAGAUCUACGGUGGAAAAUUGCCCUUAAUUCCAAUUCAAGACUCAACAGCUUAGCCCGCACCCCUUGAAUCAUUUGCACCUUUCUCCAUUGUAUGAAGCUAGUUCAGACUCGAGUAUUUUUUCAUAAGCUCUUCAUCGAAGGAAUUUCUCUCCUAAGUUCUAAUGCUA